AUGGCAAGCCUCUCCUCCCGUAGCUUCAGGUCCUCAAGCGGAUCCAUGAUCGGCGGAUCUCAGGGCUCUUCCCGGAUGUCCAUGUCCGGAGGAGCAGUCGUUGGUGGCCGCAUGAGCAUGAUGCGGGCAGGCAGCGUGUACGGAGGUGCCGGGGGCUCCGGGGUUCGCAUCUCCAGUGCUUCACAGUCGUUGUCCAUGGCUGGUUUGGGAGGGGGCUAUGGCUUCAGCCAAGGUGGAGGCUUCAGUGUGUGCACUGGCAUGGACGCCGUCAUCGGCAAUGAGAAGUUUACCAUGCAGAACCUCAACGACCGUCUGGCCUCAUACCUGAUGAAGGUGCGCUCCCUGGAGAAAGCCAAUGCCGAGCUGGAGCUGAAGAUCCGCCAGUUCCUGGAGAGCAGGACCUCCCCCACUGCUCGUGACUACACUGCAUUCCAGGCCACAAUCAGGGACCUCCAAGGCAGGAUUCAGGCAGCCAUUCAAAUGAAGGGCACUGUUCAUCUGAGCAUUGAUAACGCUAAGCUGGCCAUGGAUGACUUCAGAGUAAAGUAUGAGAAUGAAUUGGCCAUGAGGCAGUCUGUGGAGGGUGACAUUAUUGCACUAAGGAGAGUGCUGGAUGAGCUCAACUUCUCCAAGAAUGACCUCACCAUGCAGAUUCAGGGUCUUAAGGAGGAGCUGAUCUACCUCAAGAAGAACCACGAUGAGGAGGUCCUGGCCUUGCGUGCAAAUCUAGGUGUGAAUGUAAACGUAGAAGUUGAUGCAGCGCCACAAGAAGACCUCACUAAAGUCAUGGCUGAAAUCCGUGAGCACUACGAGUCGGCCACAGCUAAGAACCGCAGGGAACUUGAAAACUGGUUCCAGGCCAAGACAGAGGCACUCAGCAAAGAGGUCGCCACUGGCACUGAAACCUUGCAAACUUCGCGUACAGAGGUCACUACAGUGAAAAGCACCCUGCAGGCGUUGCAAAUAGAGCUCCAAUCACUCAUCGCAUUGAAAGGAACCCUGGAAAGCACCUUGGCGGAGACUCACGCACGCUACGCCAGCCGUUUAUCCGGCUACCAGAUGCAGGUUACCAGUUUGGAGGAGCAGCUGGUGCAGCUUCGUGCUGACCUAGAACGCCAAGGUUACGAGUACAAGGUGCUGCUGGACAUCAAGACCAGACUGGAGAUGGAAAUUGCCGAGUACAGGAGGCUGCUGGAUGGAGAGGGCAGCAGGUGA